GGAGACACCGGAAGGAGCUGGAGCUGCUGCGGGAAGUGGCCGGGAGGCUGGUAUCCCGCAGGCUGAGCUGCGGGUCCGUUUUCCGGCCAUCCAGAAGCGACGCCGCCCCCUCCUAGGCCAGGGGAGGAAAAGAGGAGCUGGUGGGAGGUGCGGCCGCAGGCCACCGUCGGCCGCGCUGGCGGGGCCCGUGGGGAAGGCCGUGGAGGUAUUACCUCAUUUGGAAAGCCUUGAGAAACAGGAAAACAUUUCUAACAAAAUGUCAGCUUUUCGAGGUCAUUGUCCACAUUUGGAUUCAGUUGGUGAAAUAACUAAAGAAGAUUUAAUACAAAAAUCUCAUGGUUCUUGUCAGGAUUGUAAAGUCAGAGGACCAAACCUUUGGGCGUGCCUGGAGAAUAGAUGUUCAUAUGUUGGCUGUGGUGAAUCACAAGUAGAUCAUAGCACCAUACAUUCUCAGGAGACAAAGCAUUAUCUAACUGUGAACCUUACCACUCUUCGAGUAUGGUGUUAUGCUUGCAGCAAAGAAGUAUUUUUGGAUAGAAAAUUAGGAACUCAGCCUUCAUUACCUCAUGUAAAACCACUUCACCAAACACAAGAAAAUAGUGUCCAGGAUUUUAAAAUACCCAGUAACACAACAUUAAAAACUCCUCUGGUUGCUGUAUUUGAUGAUCUGGACAUAGAAGUGGAAGAAGAAGAUGAACUUAAGGCAAGAGGUCUUACAGGUUUGAAAAAUAUUGGAAAUACUUGUUAUAUGAAUGCAGCUUUGCAGGCUCUUUCCAAUUGCCCACCUUUGACACAGUUUUUUCUUGAUUGUGGAGGACUAGCCCGAACAGAUAAGAAACCAGCUAUUUGUAAAAGUUAUCUCAAACUGAUGACAGAGCUGUGGCAUAAAAGCAGGCCAGGAUUUGUUGUGCCUACUAAUCUGUUUCAAGGAAUUAAAACUGUAAAUCCAACAUUUCGGGGGUAUUCUCAGCAGGAUGCUCAAGAAUUCCUUCGAUGUUUAAUGGAUCUGCUUCAUGAAGAACUGAAAGAACAGGUCAUGGAAGUAGAAGAGGAUCCUCAAACUAUAAUGACUGAGGAGACCGUGGAGGAAGACAAGAGCCAGUCAGAUGCAGAUUUUCAGUCUUGUGAAUCUUGUAGCAGCAGUGAUAAAGCCGAAAAUGAAAAUGGGUCUAGAAGCUUUUCUGAAGAUAAUAAUGAAACAACAAUGUUAAUUCAGGAUGAUGAAAACAAUUCAGAAAUGUCAAAAGAUUGGCAAAAAGAGAAGAUGUGCAAUAAGAUUAAUAAAGCGAAUUCUGAAGGAGAAUUAGAUAGAGACUCUGUGUCUGAAACAGUUGACUUGAACAAUCAGGAAACUGUCAAAGUGCAAAUACACAGCAGAGCUUCAGAAUAUAUUACUGAUGUCCAUUGGAAUGAGCUGUCUACAUCACAGACCCUCCCAUCAAGUGAAGGUGUUAACCCACGUUUAUCAGCAAGCCCUCCGAAAUCAGGCAGUUUGUGGCCAGGAUUGGCACCCACACACAAAAAAGCUCAGACUGCGUCAUCUCCAAAGAGAAAAAAACAGCACAAGAAAUACCGAAGUGUUAUUUCAGACGUAUUUGAUGGAACAAUCAUUAGUUCAGUGCAGUGUCUGACGUGUGAUAGGGUGUCUGUAACCCUCGAGACCUUUCAAGAUCUGUCCUUGCCAAUUCCUGGCAAGGAAGACCUUGCUAAGCUGCAUUCAUCAAGUCAUCCAACAUCUAUAGUCAAAGCAGGAUCGUGUGGUGAAGCAUAUGCUCCACAAGGGUGGAUAGCUUUUUUCAUGGAAUAUGUGAAGAGGUUUGUUGUCUCAUGUGUCCCUAGCUGGUUUUGGGGUCCAAUAGUAACCUUGCAAGAUUGUCUUGCUGCCUUCUUCGCCAGAGAUGAACUAAAAGGUGACAAUAUGUACAGUUGUGAAAAAUGCAAAAAAUUGAGGAAUGGAGUAAAGUUUUGUAAAGUACAAAAGUUUCCUGAGAUUUUGUGCAUCCAUCUUAAAAGAUUCAGACAUGAACUGAUGUUUUCCACCAAAAUCAGUACCCAUGUUUCAUUUCCAUUGGAAGGCCUGGAUCUUCAGCCAUUUCUUGCUAAAGAUAGUCCAGCUCAAAUUGUUACCUAUGAUCUUCUGUCAGUCAUUUGUCACCAUGGAACUGCAAGUAGUGGACACUAUAUUGCCUACUGCCGAAACAAUUUAAAUAAUCUCUGGUAUGAAUUUGACGACCAAAGUGUCACUGAAGUUUCAGAAUCUACUGUACAAAAUGCAGAAGCUUAUGUUCUCUUCUACAGGAAGAGCAGUGAAGAAGCACAAAAAGAGAGGCGGAGGAUAUCAAAUUUGUUGAACAUAAUGGAACCAAGUCUCCUUCAGUUUUAUAUUUCUCGACAGUGGCUAAAUAAAUUUAAGACCUUUGCUGAACCUGGCCCUAUUUCAAAUAAUGAUUUUCUCUGUAUUCAUGGAGGUGUUCCUCCACGAAAAGCUAGUUAUAUUGAAGACCUGGUAUUGAUGCUGCCUCAGAACAUUUGGGAUAACCUAUAUAGCAGGUAUGGAGGAGGACCAGCCGUCAACCAUCUGUACAUUUGUCACACUUGCCAGAUUGAGGCGGAGAAAAUUGAAAAAAGAAGAAAAAUUGAAUUGGAAAUUUUUAUUCGGCUCAACAGAGCAUUCCAAGAGGAGGAUUCUCCAGCUACUUUUUAUUGCAUCAGUAUGCAGUGGUUUAGAGAAUGGGAAAGUUUUGUGAAGGGUAAGGAUGGAGAUCCUCCAGGUCCUAUUGAUAACACUAAAAUUGCAGUCACCAAAUGUGGCAAUGUGAUACUCAGGCAAGGAGCAGAUUCUGGUCAGAUUUCUGAAGAAACAUGGAAUUUUCUACAGUCUAUAUAUGGUGGGGGGCCUGAAGUUAUCCUACGACCUCCGGUUGUUCAUGUUGAUCCUGAUGUAGUACAAGCAGAAGAAAAAAUUGAAGUAGAAACUCGGUCUUUGUAAUUUUGAGGAUAUAGAGAGUUCUGAUGAGAAAUCAUUUUCACUUCUGCUGACAUAUUCCCAUGCAAAAACAUUCCUAAAAGCAUGUUUAUUUUCUUCAUUUUUAAUAUUUUAUCUUUCAUUCCUUCUUACUGGGCAUUAUGGAAGAAU